GAACAAUAUUGAGAAAAAUCUGACAUACUGACCACGUGCAACCAUGAUGAUGUUAAAAGGCUGGGUCUCUGUGUACUCACUGCUUCAACUAACUCGAUGUUAUUCAGCUAGUACAACAGACAGAGUACAGAAUGCCAAGACAGCCUUGGAUUACGUCAGUCAGAUAGAAACAAACCAAGCCUGCAAUGGCGGCACUGAAGAAGUCCUGACCUUGGCCUUCAACCACUCUGCGUGGUACACCCUGACGGACCCUGCUAUCAGGACGGCGAACUACCUCUCGAAGAUCCUGGCGAUGGACGACAGUAAGCUCAACAGACUGGACGACGCCAUGUUCUACUCGUUUGUGCGCAACAACGUCCACGGCGACACCUUGAUCUUCGGGUCGGCCAUCGCCCUGAAGCCGGGGCUUUACGACAAGUAUGAGAAGUUCUGUCCCUACGCGUUCAAGAAGAACAACUCAGUGAGCGCUUUCGACAUCGCCGUCAACUACGACUACCUGCUGCCGUCCACGGAGUGGUACAACGCCGUGAAGAUCAAGGAUUUCUCCAACGCGACGGUCAAAGAAGACAGAAUAACGUACAAUUUUUCCGACCCCUCGCAAAAUAAUGUACCGUUCCUGCAGCCCAUUGCGUCAUACUCAGACGGACGGUGGACGUUGCCGUAUUACGACUGCGGUGGUGGCGACAUCUGGAUGGUCACCUACUCGUCACCCAUUCUCUCAAUUGACCUUUCUGGACAGCCAGUAUUUCAAGGUGUCGCUACCAUAGACAUAGAGCUGACUAACAUUGAUAUCAACCAGUGCGACGCCACAAAGGCAGAUAAGGCUGGGGCGUUAGACGUGUUCAGAGGAACUCAUAAUUGCCAACCUACAACGAAAUGUGUCGCUUUAGUAGGCCAAGGUUUCAAACGUGGUUCGUACCACUGUGCCUGUGACGACGGCUACUACUUCCCCAACACGACGGCGGCCGUCAAAGCCUACAACGGCGCGGAGAUCGAGGCGUACAUUGACCUGACGAACACGUCCGACAUCGCGUUGCGCUACAAAUGUCUGCCGUGCUCAAGGGGCUGCGACAAGUGCGUUGACACGACUCCGUGUCUCUUCCAGACCAACCCCGUCGUCAGGUCACUCGUCGUGUUCGUCAUCAUCGUCAUGAUCAUAGGCUGUUGUUUCAUCUCUAUCAUAGUCCUCAAGUACAAGAAUGAAAUGGUAAAUGGCAAUGCAUUUAGUCUGAGGCAUAUGUAUCUUGGGUCAAUUCACGGUGUUGCUGAAUAA